AUGGAUAACAAUGCUGGGCCAUCGGCCAACCCGGCGCAGAAGGGAGCAGGGUCGGAUUUAGAUAAAUACCCUUCCGAGUCUGCGCAGAAGAUGGAUGACCAGACUCAAAAAUCACCCGAUUCAGCUCCUGUUAGAGACCUGCCAAAACUCCCACGGGACGAAGAAGAGAACAUGAUCCGCACUCUCCGCACGAAGUUCAAGGGAGGAGAUGUCGAAGAACUCCACAACCUCUUGAGCUCUUUAGAAUUAGCGGACAAGGAGCGUAGAAGCGGCAGUCCAAGCUUGGACGGGCUGGCGGCGGUGCUAGACCAGAUUGAUAUGUUAUGGAGAAGUAACUCUACUUACAUGGCAGAGGUGGCAGAGAUGUUGGCUGAUGCGAGCCGGGACGCAAAAUGGAGACCAUUCUUCGGUCAAAGUGGAAUUUUGGAUUACUUCCUUCGAAUAAUAUCAACUGAGGAGGUCGAAGAGGACACUCUAUUACAUUCACUGAGAUUUAUUGGAAAUUCAUGCGCAGACACAGAUGAGAAUAGAGCAAGAGUGCUAGAGAUGAACUAUACCCUGCCAAUAAUACAAUGGAUUACUCAUUUACGUCUAGUUCAUGUUGCUAUACCUGUUAUCUAUAAUAUAUGCAUUGACUACGUCCCUGCACAGGCCCAGGUCGCUCAAAAUGGCAUUUCAAUUGUUUUGUUGAAGCUUUUAGAGACAGGGAAACUCAAGGGUAGCGCAUUAUUAGGGGUCACUUACGAGCUAUUGGAGAUGGCGAGUGAGCAAAGUCAAUCUGUUGAUAUUACACCCGAUGAGUCGUUGCCUCUGAUAAUACAUGCCAUAUCAAGCUCCGAAUCACACGGGGAGGGAUAUGGUUGUCUAUUGAAUGCUCUAAAUGGAUACCUCCAAAAGGAUAAGUUCCAGCAACUCAGCAUUAUAAAUGGACAUGUCGAAGCACUCCUCUCCAUUUUUAUGGAUACCUUUAAAGGAGACGAUUCAAUCAUGGCACCCCUCCGGCUUAAGCUUAACCACUCUCUAGCUGAUAUCUCCGCCCUCGCUGCAUAUCCGAAAUAUUACCCUUUGCGCUGCUCAGUGACCGAAACGUUGAUUUCAUGGUUAGCCAGUGAAAAGGAUGACCUCAAGAUAUGUGCUUGCAUUAUCCUCGGCAACGUUGCUCGGGAUGAUGAAGUCUGUAAAUCCAUGUUACACGAUUUCAAGGUUCACCUGCCGUUGAUCUCCAUGCUAAAGCGCGAAGACUCGAAGGCAACUGUCCUCCAUUGUUCUCUCGGAUUUUUGAAGAAUCUAGCAAUAGCUGGAGACAAUCGCGAGUACCUCGGGGAGGCUGAUAUUAUAAAGGCUGCUUCCCGGCUUUGGGCGAUCGACACCCUGCCCCAUGCACAACUCAUGGCGACGAGCUUGACACGCCAAACAAUAUUAACCUCAGUCACCAAUAUCGGCCGUCUGCUAGAACCGAUUUCCUCUGACUAUGAUUCACCUGGCAGUCGUCGUACCUAUCUCUCUCUGCUCCUUGCCUUGUUUGGCAAGACAGACUCAUCCCCUAUCAAGACGGAGAUCGGGCGUACUAUAGCAGCUAUCUGUCGUACACUCAUGCGACUUAAAGGAAACUCUGAGCUACCAGUUGGAACAGAAGAAUUGGUUACUCGGUUAUUUGAUUUACACAAGGAUAUUGCACGCCCAAUUGGUACUAUGAUAACUCAGACCGAAUGGCCCAUUGUUCAAAGCGAAGGUUGGUUUGCGCUUGCUUUAGUAGCAUCCCAUCCGGCCGGCUCUCAAGCUGUUAUCGAUUGUCUGGAGAGCAUGUGUGUUAUACAGAGUCUAUGUGAUACUAUACGUACCCCAAUUUCACACCCAGAGCCCGGAGAGCCAGCCAAGGAUAAGACGGAACGUCUGAAGAAGUCGAAAGAUCGGGAAAAUGCCCUUUUCCUACUUCAUGGCUUAAUGAGGAAUAAUGCUGCAUCUGAGCUCCCGGAAUCUCUUCGUGAUAUGUUUGAGGGCUUGCUGCGUGAGGCUGGCCAUGAGCCCGUCAAAUGA